AUGAGGAUUCAUGUGCUCUUAGUAGCUGGAACAGCCCAUGCCGCCUUUCGACAACGCUGGAGCAUGCAAAAGGUUACAAAUGCCCCGUCCAGCGUCGUCGCAGCAGAUUCACAACAAGCUAGCCAGGAUCCAUGUGCAAUUAUUAGCAAAGCUUUCGAGGCCGUUGCUACGAACAAAACGUCCAAUGGGCCUAUAAUUCUUGACUUGAGGCCAUCUGUAGGAACUGCAUGUCGCAAAUCACUCCCGGUGAUGCAAAAGGCCAACCUCAAGCUUCUGGACUACCUCCGGCCAUACAUCGAGUUUCAGAGCACCAUAGAGCUCCUAAAAGAUCCUCCACCAGAGUACUUGCUCCCUGGCGUCGAUAUCAUGGGCGGCAUGCAGGCCAUGAGGCAAAAGCUUGAGAACAACAGUUACGAGUCACAGCUAGACGUGAUGACUGACUUGCACAACAUUUUUGUCGCGGCAAGCGACAAUCACUUUGGCUACCUACCGGGCCUAUUCAGCGCAUUUCGAUAUGCCCGACCCGAUCUUAACUUCAGAUCUAUUUCGACCGAUGGAUUCGAUAUGCCACAGAUUUUCGACGCACAGGAUCUUUUAGCCCUCGAAAAUAAGACGUAUACGCCGUCUCCUGUUGCCACAAUUGAUGGUCAGGAGGUAUACGAAUUCCUGGAGAAGGAGGCCAUGGGCGUGCCUCAAGGUCAUCAAGAUCCGGAUGCCAAGUUAAAUUUACUCUUUGACUCAAUUCCAUUAAGAGCUGCCGGAGGUGGAAGCGCAGCUAGGUUUUCCAUCCUCGAGAUCCCGGACAGCUACACCAUUGUACAUAAAAACGGCACCUUGCGGAUUGUGACAAACUCUAUCGUUACUCUUCCAGAUGUAAAUCUCACAGGCAUCCGGUCCGGCCAAGAAUUCCAAAAGAGAUUUGAAAUUCCUCCGCGGAACAAAACAGCUGAGACUCCGCCGCCGGCACCACCUAGGAACGAGUCUGCUCUUGUUGAUUAUCCAACGCCCCUCGUCAAGCACUCUGAUGAGUUUGUUGCGAGCUAUGCUCUAAACGACACUGAGAUGCGCGACACCAUGGUCAUUUCAUUCCUCAGUUUCGUUUCCCUCGUAAAAGAGGAUAUUUUAGCCAAUGAAACUGCUCUUGGCUCAUUUGUGCGCCAGUUCGGAGACGUCAUUGACCAAACAGCCAAAGCAGCCAAGGAGCAAGGCCGGGACAAGCUCAUCAUCGACAUGUCCGCCAACGUCGGCGGAUCACUCGACCUCACAGACUUUGCAUACACCACCUUCUUCCCAGGGGCUCGCUUCGACAGCUUUGACCGGUACCGAGUCGACAGCGGGCUCAACUUCCUAGCGCGCGGCGCAAGCCCCAAGGCCGUGUUGAGACUUUUCGUCGCGCCAGAGGGACUACCCAUUGACGCGGCGAACCGCACAAUCGACUCUCCCGACGCCUUGUUUGCACCCAGGCCCAUCCAAGGCCAGAACAUGACUGCCGAGUUUCACAGGAACGCGUCCACGCGCUACUUUAUCAAGCCGGACGUGUUUCUGCGCGGCUACGAGCCCAACGAGACGGCGGCGAGGCGCGAGCCCCCCUGGAAGCCCGAGAACAUGGUCAUUCUCACCGACGGGCUGUGCGCGUCGGCCUGCACCAUCUUCACGGGCCUCUUGGUGCGCAACUUUGGCAUUCGCACCAUUGCCCUCGGCGGGCGGCCCCUCAACAAGCCCAUGCAGGCCAUAGGGGGCGUCAAGGGCACCCAGGUCUUUGCCAACGCCGAGAUUCAAAACAUUACAGCCGACGCGGUGAGAAAAAGCGCGGGCCAGGCUCGUCAGCAGUCGGCUCGGUCCAUCCCCAGCGUACGGGAUGCGCCUCUUUUGCCGCUCAUGCAAGAGCCCGGCAGCGGCGGGUCGGUCAACUUGCGCAACGGCUAUUCGCAGGACGAUGUGGACGGGUUCCCGUUGCAUUUCAAGUAUCAAGCUGCGAAUUGUAGGCUAUUUUACACGAGUAAGAUGCUCACCGAUGUGGCUGAGACGUGGCGACGGGCGGCGCUGGUUGCUUUUAGGAACGGGACGUGUGUUCCUGGGUCGACUGUCAACUCGGACGGGACAAUGGGAGCCAAGGCACCUGAAUUUGACCCGGACGUGCGAGGGAGGGCACCGGGAGUGCCUAGGCCUACUCUCGAAUGA